AUGAAGGUGGCCGAGGCGCACAACAUAGAUACCCACCAUGUGCCGAAACCAAUGUUUGAGUAUGAUGAAUUAUCCGGAUACCACCGAAAUUACCUAACAAUGAGCAGAAAACAUCCCUCAAAACCUCACAUUGGCUCCUUUGAUGAGUACCAGUCCAUGUACAAGGAGUCGAUCGAGCAGCCUCACAAGUUCUGGGCCAAAUUGGCCAGAGAUCUCUUGACUUGGGAGCGAGACUUUCAGACUGUCCAUUCCGGGUCUUUCGCGAAUGGCGACAACGGGUGGUUCCUCGAGGGAAGGCUGAAUGCAUCGUAUAAUUGCGUCGAUCGCCAUGCCUUCAAGGACCCAGACAAGCCCGCGAUCAUUUACGAAGCGGACGAACCGAACGAAGGACGGACUAUCUCGUAUGGGGAGUUGCUGCGCGAGGUUUCGAAGCUUGCUUGGACCCUCAAGACCAUGGGUGUGAAGAAAGGGGACACUGUAGCUCUUUAUUUACCCAUGGUCCCCGAAGCCGUGAUUGCAUUCCUUGCCUGUACUCGGAUCGGUGCUGUUCACUCUGUUGUUUUUGCGGGCUUCUCCUCAGACUCCCUCCGCGACCGGGUUAUUGACGCUAACUCCAAAGUCGUCAUUACCAGCGACGAGGGCAAAAGAGGGGGCAAGAUCAUUGGCACCAAGAAAAUCGUCGAUGAUGCUCUGAAGCAAUGCCCUGAUGUCACUCACUGCUUGGUGUUCAAGCGGACUGGCGCGGAUCUGUCAAAGAAUUGGACGCAAGGAAGAGAUUUUUGGUGGCAUGAGGAAGCUGAAAAAUACCCUGCUUAUAUUGCACCAGAAUCGAUGAAUUCUGAAGAUCCACUUUUCCUGCUCUACACUUCUGGCUCAACCGGAAAGCCCAAAGGCGUUAUGCAUACCACAGCAGGCUACCUGCUGGGAGCGGCCGCAACUGGCAAGUACGUUUUUGACAUCCACGACACGGACAAAUUCUUUUGUGGUGGAGACGUCGGCUGGAUAACGGGACAUACAUACGUCGUGUAUGCCCCACUGCUUCUUGGUAUUGCUACGGUCGUAUUUGAAGGAACACCGGCAUAUCCGAAUUUCUCACGCUACUGGGAGGUCAUUGACAAGCACCAAGUGACACAAUUUUAUGUCGCACCAACAGCCCUGAGGUUACUGAAGCGAGCGGGUGACUCGCAUGCGAAGCAACCUAUGAAGCAUCUUCGCGUCCUGGGAUCUGUUGGCGAGCCCAUAGCAGCUGAGGUCUGGAAAUGGUACUUUGAGAUCGUUGGCAAAGAGGAGGCUCAUAUUGUCGACACAUACUGGCAGACGGAAACGGGUUCUCACGUCAUCACCCCAUUAGGUGGAGUAACACCGACAAAACCAGGAAGCGCAACCUUUCCAUUUUUCGGGAUCGAGCCAGCCAUUAUCGACCCAGUGUCCGGAAAAGAGCUUGAAGGAAACGACGUCGAAGGGGUACUGGCAUUCAAGCAGCCUUGGCCAAGUAUGGCACGCACUGUGUGGGGCGCUCACAAGAGAUACAUGGACACUUACCUCAAUGUGUACAAGGGAUAUUAUUUCACUGGAGAUGGUGCAGGACGCGAUCACGAAGGCUAUUAUUGGAUUCGGGGGAGAGUCGACGAUGUCGUCAAUGUGUCCGGUCACAGACUGUCGACGGCAGAGAUUGAGGCAGCCCUGCUCGAGCAUCAUCAAGUCGCUGAGGCUGCUGUGGUUGGUAUCACCGACGAGCUGACAGGGCAGGCCGUAAAUGCCUUUGUGUCACUGAAGACAGAGAAUGAAAAUAAUGAUCAAGUGAAGAAAGACAUGAUCCUGCAGGUGCGGAAAUCAAUAGGCCCUUUUGCUGCGCCAAAGGGUAUCUUCAUAGUGGAUGACCUGCCAAAGACGAGAUCUGGAAAGAUAAUGAGGCGCAUCCUUCGCAAGAUACUAUCAGGAGAAGAAGAUUCACUGGGAGAUACGUCAACGCUCUCCGAUCCUAGCGUCGUUGACAAGAUCAUCGAGACCGUUCAGACUUCCCGAAAGAAAUGA